AAUGUUUCUUUUUUUUCCUCAGUAUAAUUGCUAAAGGUUCCUUUUCAUGCUCGACGCUCAUUUUUAGCGUCAAACUAGAUCACGUGAUCAAAAUUAAUAUAGAAUAGUGAAAUCUGAAGUUCCUCAUGCAGACACCGGUACUUUGACACAGAAUGCUAAUUGGUGAAAAUGAGUAGUGGGAAUAAAUAGUAAGUACUAUUUACUCCCACAUUAGCGCCCUAUAUCAAAGCGCCGAUGCUGAUGGGGAUCCAGCCUAAAUGAUUAUUUUUGAUCACGUGAUCUAGGGUACAUGAUCAAGGGCUUACUACAAAUGCUUUGAAGCAUUUUUUGAUUGGUGCAUUAGUCUUUGUUUUGAUUAGACAAACGCUUCGAACAUUUGUUACAUUAAUCGUAGUUUGAUGCUUAAAAUGAGCGUCAGCAUGAAAAGACACCUUAAUACAAGGCAAAAUUGUUAGUUACUUUUAGAUAACGCUUGAAUCUAUUUUAUACAUAUAGUCUACGUAACGUAUUCUAUAGAUUUUCAGUACUGGCAGUGAAUUUACGAACACAGCCUAAAUGAAUCCAUGACUGCCCAACAAAAUUGGCGGGAACAAAUGCGUCUGACAGAAAACGUCUACAGAAGUGAAAUCAUGAAGAGUUUACUUUGUUAAGGUGUGUUAAAGAAAAUAAAUAGAAGUGUUCAGUGAAUAUUGAAUAUUAAUUAGUGAAUAGUUCAGUGAAUAGUGAUUAGUGAAAGAAGAUAAAGUGAACUGAGAACGAAGAGUUAUUUUCUCUUCGGAAAAUAAAAAUUUAUACAGAUUUUCAAUACUUCAAGAAGAAACUUUGAUUUUAGAUUUGUUGCAGAUACUGCUUCUUGGAAGAUAUAAGAAGAUAUGCGAAACAAAAAAAAUACAAGGAAAAAAAAUGUCGACCCAUAAAUCAAGUUCAUGGUGUGUUGCGAUGAAAUGCAACAAUAAAGUUACAGAAAAAAGACACUUUUUUAUGUUUCCAAAGGAAUAUGACAGAUGGAUGCAAUGGAUACGUGCUUCUAAAAGAUUUGAUUUAAAAGUAAUGGGCCCAGAAUAUGCUCAUCGUAACUAUCGACUGUGUCACUUGCAUUUUGAAGAAAAGUGGUAUAAAAUAGGUAAAAGUAGAGCCAGUCUUCAUCCUGAUGCUAUACCAACGAUAUUUUUUGGAACAAACGAUAUACUUGUAACAACAGCACCAGAAGAAAUUGUCAACGAUUGUCAAAGAUUAUCAACGAUUGUCAAAGAUUGUCAACAAGAGGAAACGAACAGAUAUGACUAGAAUAUUAAAAAGAUAUAUUUCAGCAAUAUCCAGUCAUCAAAAACAAUAUUACCUAUGGAUACAGAUGCUGAAAU